AUGGAAACUUGGAGAGAAAAAUUUGAGAACCGCAUUACAACAAUCAUCCUCUCUACCCUUGCUGUCGAACUUCUACUGCUCGUCGUAAUGAUCGCUCUUAUUUAUAACGAAAUGUCAGCGAAAUAUAUUUUUUAUGUUUUUUCAAUCGUGGUCUUGAUAGCGAGCACAAUCUAUUUUGCUUGGCAUUCCUUAAUAAAAGAAAACGCAUUCGAGCUGAUUGCCUUUUUAAUCAUGUCCUCGAUACUCAAUUUCCACGGGAUCUAUAUGGCGGUUCUUCAUGGAAAACCUUUGCUGUUCACAGCUAUUUCAUCGCUGAUUUUAUCAGUCUGCCAGCUGUUUUAUUAUUUUACCUUUUAUUUCGCGUAUCGUAAAUUUGGAUGAAGGAUUGUAAACGCAAUUAAGAACACUGACGCCAAAGUGAUAACGGCUUUUAAGGUAUAUGAAACUUUUAUAUCGGUAAUCAAGCUGGAUUUUUUAUUAUACACACUCACUGUAGCCACUUUUAUUUAUUAUAUAGCAGUGAAUUGGAAUAGCUUUAUUUUAGGAGGGAUGGUGAUUUCCUUAAUUUUUUAUGCUUUUAUGAUUUCUUAUUCAAUUUUAGGAGUUUUUGGUGUAAAAGUUAUGUAGGUGACAAAAGAAAAUAGAUGUCUUCUAUUCUCGUUUUUAGGGCUCUUGCCGAUUCUAGCAGGUGUGAAGCUGUUUUUAUUAGUAGCAAUAGCAGCAGCUCCUGGGAAAAAUAUUGACCGUUUUAUUUUAAGCCAAGCAAUUGUGAUUGCUAUUGUUGAUUUAAUAAUCGCCUGUACGAUGGAAGUCCUCGGAGUUAUUUGCUCUCAAUCCUUUGGGUUGGGGCUUGGCGCGAUUCUUACUCCCUCCCCUUUAAAUUGAAGCAAAGCAUCGGCAAAUUUUUAAUAUAAAAUUAGUUUGACCAAAUAAAAAAAUUAACCCUCCUCUAAAUUGGAAAAAAAAUUUUUGUUCAAAUCUAAUCUAAAGGGGGGUUAGAAGAAAUAGUGAGGUCUUGAAAACUUUUAUAUAA